AUGUUCCUUGCUAUCAUUAACGACUCGUAUGUCGAAGUGAAAGCCGAAUUGGCACGGCAGAACGAUGGCGACGGAAUAUUCGAUUGGAUCAGACAGAAAGUGACUCGGGGGAAGAAGGAUGACAAAAAAGUUGCCACUUACAACGACUACAAGAUAGAUUUGUUGAUGGCUGGUUAUAACGAGAAGGUCAUAACGGACGCGUUCGAGAAACUCAACAUAAGCCUGAACGACGAAGUCAGCGAUGAGGCCCUAAUCGAGGUGGGAAACGAGAUUAAAGAGCAAGUUGAGCGCCAGAAAAUCAUCGACGAGGAGUAUCGUUCGACAGCAGUGUAA